GGGAAGUAGAUUGUUUAACACGCUGUCGUUCGUCAGAGCUGCAUCAUCAAACGUUAUUGUGAGAAAAGAUUCGUCCCCAAAUAUUUGGCCACGAUUGGAAUCGACUACGGAGUCACCAAGGUGCAGGUGCGGGACAGAGAGAUCAAAGUCAACAUCUUCGACAUGGCCGGUCAUCCGUUCUUUUACGAAGUGCGUAAUGAGUUCUAUAAGGACAGUCAGGGCGUCCUGCUGGUGUACGACGUCGGCCUCAGGGAGAGUUUCGACGCCCUCGACUCCUGGCUGGGCGAGAUGAAACAGGAAAUGGGCUCCCAGGCCAACAUGGAGAGCAUCGUCUUCAUCGUCUGCGCCAACAAGGUGGACCUGACAAAGAGACGAGUGGUGGACGAGGGGGAGGGUCGUCUGUGGGCGGAGUCCAGAGGGUUUCACUACUUUGAGACGUCGGCACAAAGCGGCGAAGGCAUCAACGAGAUGUUCCAGGCGUUCUUCUCGUCCAUCACUGACAUGUGUGAAAACGGCGGGAAGCGUCCUGUGGCUGAGGUCAGCGUCGGCUUCACCAAAGAGCAGGCCGACACCAUCCGACGCAUCCGAAACAGCAAAGACUCCUGGGAUAUGUUGGGCGUCAAACCCGGAGCCACGCGGGAGGAGGUGAACAAGGCGUACCGUAAGUUGGCGGUCCUGCUGCAUCCGGAUAAAUGCGUCGCCCCGGGCAGCGAGGACGCCUUCAAGGCCGUGGUGAACGCCCGCACGUCGCUGCUGAAGAACAUUAAAUGACGUACAGAGACUGAAGAGUCGAACCCACAGUGUUUAUUUAUUCACGUGUCGUGUCGCUCGUCACCGAGCCGACGCCAACUGUUGUUCACUUUGUGUGUAAACCCAGUGUGUGAGUGCACGGAGCUGACGACACACGGCAACUUUCACUUUCAUUCUCAACAUUUUCAAUAGUUUGGAAAAAAGAAUUGUGUUCAAAGUCUUUAGUUUUUGUCGACAGCAGCGUCUCUCGUCUGAACUGACAUUAAACUCUCUCAUCCCAA